CUCAAUAUAGCAACAUUGAUAACCUCACUUUUUAAUGGCGGAUGCGCUUGCGUGAUGCCGGUUUCGUGUUAUUAUUGCUUUUAGUUUGGCGUCCAUUCGUAUAAACGUGUGCUACGAUUGAUUUGCAGUGUAUAUAGCUUGUUGGAAAAUUCAAAAAUGGUAGCUCACAAGAAGGGACGUGGUGCUAAGGCUCAAGCAGCGAAGGCCAAGGCCGCUGCUGCCGCAGCAGAGGAGCAGCAAAUUGCUGACACCGAAUUGGAGCAAGUAGAGGAAGAAAAUAACGGUGAUGCGGAAGAAGAACAACUCGAUGACAGCACAGCGGGGCAAGAGGGGGAAGGGGAUCAGGCCGAAGGUGACAGCCAAGAAAACACCGACGGAGAAGCGAAGGCUGACGAGAAGAAGGAAGAGAAGGUUGAAUCUGGUAAAUUGCUCGUUGAGAAUCUCCCAUCGAGCUACCUCUUUGACUACCAAGAAAAACUCAAGGAACUGUUCUCAAAACAUGGAGAAAUUCUCAGUGUCAAACGUGGUCCAAUCAUUGUUACUGAACUGACCACAACUCCGACAUUAUCGGCUAUAGUCGAAUUCAAAAACAAAGAGUCUAUGGACAAGGCCCUGUCCGAAGAAGGUACAGUUCUGGAGGGGCACCCAAUCUCGGUGGCUGUGGAGUCGCGGCCCGAGACCGCGGUGCUGGUCGGGGUGCCGUACGAGGCGAGCACGGACUACGUCAGGCUUCUGUUCUCCCAGUGCGGGGAGGUCGCGCAUAUACAUGAGUUCAGCAAGUCAAAGUAUAAGAUCUUGCGGGUGACGUUCCAAGGCACGGAGGCGGUGGAUAAGGCGAUCAAGCUGGACCGCGAGUUGCGCAUCAACGGGUUCCGUAUCACAGUGACCAGGUACCGCGACGACGACGACCAGAAGGUGCACCCCUCCAACCAGAAUAAGAACAAGCGGCCGCACCCGGCGAAUCAGAACCGCAACUCCAACGUCAACAACAGCCCCAACGCGAACCGCGCCAACUUCCGCGGCCGCGGCGCCUUCAACGCCAGGGGGAACUUUAGAGGCGGGCGCGGACGCGGCGCAUUCGGCGCGCGCGGCUCCUUCCCGCGCGGCUUCGCGCCCGUCAGCUCCUACAUGCCGCCGCAGCCCUUCAUGGGCCGUCCGAGUUACCUGUAGUUGAAAAUGUGUGACUACACACGUGCAAGCAAGGCUUCAUGAACGACGGACAACGGCCGAACAAGCGUCUGCGGCAAAUGUAACCUUAUCACAAAGACAUAAAACCCAAUAUCGUGCGUCGUCGUCCUAUGUUCGUGUGUUUGUGCGUGUGCCGAGACUCAGUGACAUACAGUAUCAGAGAUAAUCUAGCUAAUUGUAUUUACUAAGUACAUGAAAUUAAAUGAUAUAAUUGUAAGCUAUUGUCUUUUUUGACAAGUAAUAAAUGAAAAUACUAA